AUGGUCCGCUUUAAGAACCGUUGGAUUCUCGUUGAAUUCAUACCGGUUGUUCAGGGAAUCGCACAGCUUGGAAAGCUGCCCACAGGAAAUGGAACAAAACUCGACGGGAAGAUAAUAUGGAGUGCGUUGAAGCAGAGUGUGCUGGCUAACUUUGGAGACACUGGUUGGGGAGCUGUUGGACUUUCUCUGACCGUCAAGUAUUUCUCGCCAACGACGAACAUUUGCAUCAUACGCGUCGCGCGGGACCAGCAUAACAUAGCUUGGGGAGCCUUGACGCUGAUAACAAGCAUCGACGGAGCGAGGUUUAUCCCAAACGUGAUUCAUGUGUCCGGUACCAUAAAACAUGCUCAGUUAGCGGCUAUUACACACAACCGGGAGGUCAUUGCACGAUAUCGGGCACUGGCAAAAACACCUGUGGGAUACCACGAUGUCUAUGAGAGCUUUUUGGAUACAAGUACCCGUGAGAUCGAGGCUUUGCAAGAUUGA